AUGGUGCGUCAGCUGCACGACGGUAUGAUGGCGCGAGUCACGGACAACGGAGCUGUCUCAGAGGCAUUCGCAGUGACCAAAGGAGUGAAGCAGGGAUGCGUGCUGGCGCCUACCCUCUUCAGUCUUAUGUUCUCUGUCAUGCUGAUGGACGCCUACCGCGACGAACGCCCCGGGAUCCGCAUCGCCUACAGGACGGACGGUCACCUGCUGAAUCAACGGCGGAUGCACUUCCAAUCGCGCGUAUUCACCACCAUCGUUCACGAGCUUAUCUUCGUCGACGACUGCGCCCUGAACACCACCUCCGAAGCGGAGAUGCAACGGAGCAUGGACCUAUUCUCCGCCGCCUGCGAGGACUUCGGUCUGGUCAUCAACACGCAGAAGACGGUGGUGAUGCAUCAACCGCCACCCAACUCAGCCACAGCCCCCAACACACCGCCGUAA